GGCUUCAAUUGCGUUGCUUACGUGGCACACCACGAUUGGUUACUCCGGUUAACUCAGUAACGUUAUAUAGUCGCAGCGAAGCGCUGUAUCAUUUGGAUCAUCCAUUCAUUACUUCGAUUUCGCUCUUCAUUUUUCUCUUCGGCGAUUACUUCGAUUCGAAAGAGAACCAUGACGAAGACCAAUCGCCGAUCCAAGCAAUCCAGCCCCGUCCAUGCCUCAGCUUCGGACCCGAACGAGAAGCAAGUGUACGAGGAGAGGAUUCGCGAGCUCGAGCGCAAAAACAAAGCCUAUCAGAUGGAGAUUGCUGAACUAAGGCAACAACAGGGGGGUGAUUCAUCGGGUUCUAAGAAUGGGGUUGAAAAGCUUAAGAAAGAGUAUCUUCAGAAGCUGAACUUGCUUGAGGAUCAGGUUACUGAAUUGAAGACAAAACUGGGUACUCGGUCCCAGUUUUCGAUUCAAAGGAAAAAGGUCGAUGAAUCGACUAGGCAGUUGCAAUUUGAGAUUCAAAGUUUGAAGGCUCAAAAGGUUCAACUGCAAUGUAUGAUGAAGUUGAAGUCUGUGCAAUUCAGAUUAUGCAAGGCCCUACUUGAAAAAGAGGUUCUUCAGCUUAAGAAAGAGGGAACGAGGAAAGAAAUCAAGACGCAAAGUUUGCUGGCUUCAAAUGAGACGCUUAAAAUGGUAUUACAGCGGAAGACAGAGGAAGCUUCUUCUGCUACUAAACGUCUAAAAGACAUGAUAAUUGCUCGAAAAGCUAUAACACAUAAAUCAACUGGUGCUAGAAGUAGAAAUGCUCAAUUAAUUCAGGAUGCUGAGCGAGAACUUGAAGUCACAACUCAGCUACACAAGUUAUGUUCUCAAUAUGAAUCCAAAAUGGACAAGAUGGCUGGAGAGAUUGCACAGCUGAAGGAAGAAAUUGAGAUACACAGGCAGGAAAAAAUAGGGUCUCAGUCACAGGAUGAAGAGUGUGAGAGCCUAGAGAAAGAUUCUGAAAUCCAAGAUUUAAAGGAGCAAAUGAACAGCCUUGGUUGUCUACUUAGAGAAUUACAAUCGCAGAAGGAGAAGCUUGAUUUCAAGGAUAAGAAGCAGGGGGGGCUGAGUCUGUCUCUUCUCUCUGAAGAGAGUAAUGAUAAGAUAAAAAUGGAUACACCCGAGAUGAGCAGUGCAAGUGAAAAUAGUGUUAAGGGGGAGAGAACAGCUGAAGGGCUAUGCUGCUCAUGCAGUAAAAAGUCCCUGUGCAAGACUAACAAAUGCAAAUGCCGAUCCACUGGAGGGAGUUGUGGAGCAUCGUGUGGCUGCACACGUUUUAAGUGCACAAAUAGGGAACUAAACCAGUUAACAGGAAAUGAACCACUAAAAUCAGAUUAUACAGAAUGUACUGUGGAGGUUUCGGCUGUUGAUAAAGAUGGAAGUGUGAUCGCUUCUGAAUGUGCUAAACUACUCCAUAGUGCACUUGUUGAGAAACCUGCUAGUUGCAAGGACAACCCGGUGCCCAAAAAGAAGCCAUUAUGUGACAUUCAGAACUCAAUGGGCAAAUUGGAUGAUCAAAAGCAAGGCAAGAAAAAGAAAGCGCGGAAACCAGUAAUUCAGGUAAUUACCAAGGAUUCAGUAUCUUUGUCUGAAGAAAAUAGCAGCAGUACCGAAACAUACAAAAUUGAAAGUAGGGAAAAUAAUCCAGCAGGGUUGGACAAGGUGACAGAGAGUAAUUCUGGUCAGUCAAAUGAAUUGGCGACAUCCAUUAGUGAGGCACCUGGAUUUCGUCGUUUAAGAAAUCCAACCCGACAGGCUAAAUCUGUUGUCGGGAAAGAGAAUUGUUACAUUUAAGAGGACUUCAGUGUGAAGUCUUCUUUUAAAAUGGAAUACUAAAAGAAGCUGCAAGCAUUCCUUUGUUCUUCCUGGGUGUUGUUAAAAAUUCAUGCCAAUGCUGAAUUGUCGAGUGCGGUUAGGUUGUGGAUCUCUUUAACUGGAUAACGUGGUUUCGAAAGAAAAGUUAUAAAACUAAAAUUAAUACACUCAGUCUUGUCUUUUUUUCUUCGAUUUUCCCUCUCUUCUAAAGCCCUUAUAUUUGAAAUACGGGGCAUUUCAUUAUUUGCUUUCUAUUGCAUGAACCGAGUGUAAUGACCAAUACCUUUUUGAAAUCAGUGUUGGUCCUAAUUUUGGUUUA